CACUACAACUCGUUUAAAGUAAACAACUCCAGCCCAAAAAAAAAAAAAAAAGGAAGAAAUCAAUUCCCGCCAACCUAACCGUUUUAGAGAUAGAAACUUCUGCUCAUUUUCUCCAGCACUCACUCUCUCGGAAUUCUCAAACACCCGAUUUCAACUCGCAAUGGAAGACGACGCGGCGAAGCUCCAGACCUACAACAUCGAAAUCACGCCGCAGAAACCCCAAUUAUCCUUCGACAAUCCUCCGCCGCCGCCACCGCCGCCACACGAGUUCUCCUUCUUCAGCUCCCGCUCGCGACGAAGAGGAUCCGACACUUGGAUCAUCUCCGUCUUCGUCAUCCUCCACAUCCUCGCAUUCAUCACUGCCAUGUUUGUCAACGAUUGCUCCGCCAACUCUCACGGCGAUUGCGCCCUCCAAUUGCUCGGGAGGAUAUCCUUCCAGCCUCUCUCUGAGAAUCCCCUGCUUGGACCCUCCGCUUCCACGUAGGUUUCCGUUUCUUGGUGCUUUUUCCCUCUAGCUUUUGUUUAUCAUUUCUUUAAUUAGGGUUUCUGUUUGGAGUUUCGUUCGUGAAUUUCUUCUAGGUUCAUGAUUCGUGGGUGAUUCUAUCUGGGUUUCUGUGCAUUUGAUUCAUCUAUGUGUUCUUAUUGUGUUAGUAUUUGUCUAUUAUGAAGAUUUUUCACUACUAUGUUCGGAUUAUGAGGCUUAGAUUCCACAAUUCAUUCUUGAACUUUUGGUAAUCUUAUAUGGUUCAGGUGAUUCUCUAAGGCUUUUCUCAAUUUAUUCUACUGUUAAUGUUCAUUGGUUUAAGUUGAUAUUCAGCUAAUCCAGAUCGUGUGUUAGACUCUUUGCGAUGCUGCUUUCUAUAUAGUCUUA